GCUAACGUUUCGGUUGGAAGUAAGCUAGCUAACUCUGCUCCAUUUUAACGGUGUUUUUCCACUGAUUACAAACCUAACGCAAAGAUGCAAAUAUGAUGGCGGUAAUUAUUCGUCUUGUGUCGGACUUUCCGAGAGUUUCUGACAGCGGAGCAUCGAGUCGAGGAGGGAAAAAUACCUCUACCGUUGAAAAAUGGAAAGUUGCCCCGGUUCGGUGAGCUGAAAAAUGGGAGCAAGCGCUUCAGUAUCGCUCUGUACUGAUGCCUCUUCAGUGAGAAUCCUGAGAACCAGUGCUAAAGUCAGCCCCGAACCCACUGUUCCCACCCUGGUUUCACAGCCUGAACUGUCUGUGAGGUGUGUGUUUGGUGUUGCCUUUGAAACACUGAGAGAGGAUGGGCAGAUGAUCUGCGGAAUACCAGUUGUUCUAAGAGACGUGGUGGAGUUCCUGGAUAAGAAUGGAAUGCAUCACAGAGGCUUGUUCCGCCUGUGUGGCUCGGUGGUGCGGACUAGGCAGCUGAGGCAGCGGUGGGACCAUGGAGAGAGGGUGGACCUCGAGCAUGAGGCAGAUGUCCCCACAGCGGCCUCGCUCCUAAAACUCUUCCUUCGGGAACUGCCCUCCCCUCUAGUUCCUGAGCUGCAGCGCAAACAGCUGGUUUUGGGCCUAACAGGGUCUACAAAUGAGGUAGAGAUGAACCUGUCUCUGAGAGAAAACCUUUUCCACCUCCCCGAUGACAACCUCACUAUUUUGUCUUACCUCAUCCACUUCUUGUGCAGAGUGGCUGCUCAUAGCCAAACAAAUCACAUGCCUGUGGAAAAUCUGGCGACCAUCUUCGGGCCUUGUAUAUUUCACGUUCCUGCAGGACCCCGGAUACUGGAGGAGCAGAGUGUGUGUAACACCCUGUUGCUCCAUCUUCUGAAGCAUCAGAACGUUCUCUUUCCAAUCCCAGCUGAGGACACAGUGGCCACCUCCAUCACCUCCUCCUCACCUCCCCCUCCUACUCUCUCUGCCCUUUCACACUUUGAGGUUCAGUCCAGCAGCUGUCACUCCAAGCAGAAUAGUAUUGAGAGGUUGGAAGGAAAGACCACUUCCAUCUCAGCGACCAGUGCUUUACUGAUGCAGUGUGAACUCAACAGUCCUGACACACUGGCGCAGGGUUGUGAAACCAGCUCUGACGUCAACGCUGACAUUCAGAAGCUGAUUCCAGACCAGGAGGCUCUGGAGCAGAGCGGUGACAGCACAGGGACGGCCUGUGUGCCCUCCUCCCCCUCUGACCCCGGGCCAGAGCAACACCUGCACCAGAGCAGACCAUCCCAAACUCUCCGGGGGGGGCCACCAGAGUCGGAGUGUACCACACAAGGGACCUUUUCACAGCACAAGACGCCAACUUUCACCUCAAUUUCAAAUGAGAAAAGGGAAGAAGAGAUAGAUAAUAGAUGGACAUCUUCCUCGCCCAUCAAAGAUGACUUUUCAAUGGCUUCCACUGAUGCAGGCCAGAAAUCGACUGUUUCAGACUGCUGCAUAGCCAGUGAAUCACAGAGCAACAUCCAAACUCAGCACACAGAGAGCAUGCCGUGCUGCACAGAGUACAAGACAGAAGACAAAACCACAAAAUCUGAGAAGGGGAGAAGAGGAGGAGGAUGUAGUGGUUCUCCUGACGGACACAAUGAUUGCAGGGUCAGGAACAACAGGCGUGACAGCCCCUCCCUCAAGUUACAAGCCUUGGAGGCUGACUUGGGAACCCUGCCUGCACCACAAGACCCCCAAGCUCAGGAUAACCUACCUACCCAGCAGCAGCCUCUUUCCGCCGAAGAGCAGAGCCUGUUUUUGACCCACAAGCUGCUUCUUCACUCGCCGUCACCCCCACCAGCUCAGGAUCAACUCGACUCAUCACAUCCUGUUCACUCCCCAUCGCCUCAGUCCAGUCCAGUUCUCUCCACUUCCAGUCUUCCUGAGGGGAUUUCACGAUGUGACACUCUGCUGAGCCCACCAGGCCCUAAAACCAGCCCGCUACUCUCUCAUUUUACAAUGAGUGACUGCCCCGUUCCCUCGCCGCGCUGCCCCAACCUCAGUCACAGCCUGCGCUACAACCUAGACCCUGAUACAGCCCCUUCUCCACCGUGCUCACAGCACAUACGCAUGGCUCGCAGCAGUGUCCACGCAGAGCCAGAUGAGGGCUCUGUGUCCAUCUCAGUGCUCAACAGACACAUUCACACCCUGAGGAAGAGGAUCAGGCGCUUUGAGGAGCGUUUUGAGCAGGAAAGGCACUAUAAGCCGGCCCACAACGACAAGACUGCACAUCCAGAAGUGGCCAGACUGAUGAAGGAGCUAAUCAAGAGUCGCAAGCAGCUUAAAGAGAUGAAGCUGAGACAAUCAGAAGGGGGUCUGAAAGGGGAGAGAAACUCAAACUCGUCGUCUGAAACAUGCAGGACCAACACAGACCAGAAGGAGGCAGCACUAACAGAGACUGAACUGCAGCAACUUAACAACAACAGCAACAACAAGCCAAACAUGGAGGAAACGGUCAACAUUAUAACCAACAGACUGAAGGAAAGACGGCGAGAGCUGGGCCUGCCUGACAGCGUUAAGGAUAUGUCCCAGUUCCAGUUGACUAUGGAGAAGACCAGCCUGCAGAAGUGUUUGCUGUACUUUGAAAAUCUGCACGGAAGACCGAGUACCAGGCAGGAGCGGACUCUGAUGAAGCCUUUCUAUGAUCGGUACCGUCUAGUCAAGCAGCUGCUGCAUUCCUCUGCUGCUGCAACAGUCAUCACCACCAUUGAGGAAGAGGAGGGCUCUGAUGAAGAGCGUCCCAAACAGCGAAGCCCCAGGCUGCAGCCGCUCCGGCUGAGGUCUCCCAGGUGUCUGUCUUCAGAUGAGUCGCUGCAGCUGCCUCCUGAAACGUCUGAAACACCUCUGGUGUCCCCGCUGGAGGAGGUGAAGUGUUUCCAGCCACAGAUCAUCACCAUGGCAACACUGCAUGAAGCUUCCAGACCAGAAUUACUGGAUCACCUCAGGAUGGCACGGUUAGAGAAGCGGAGGCUUCACCAGGCGCUGCGAGAGUUUGAGGAGCAUUUCUACAUGCAAACUGGCAGGAUUUGUCAGAAGGAGGACCGUGGGCCGAUGGCGGAGGAGUACUGCCAGUACAAGAACCUCAAAGCGAAGCUCCGUUUACUGGAGGCCCUGCUCAGUAAACAACAGGACUCAACCAAGACCAGUUGAGUUA